AUGCAGUACGUCCGAAGCAUCAGCGGAUCAGUCUCAAAGACAUGGAACUCUAUAAACCCUGCGACGCUCAGCGGUGCGAUUGAUGUUAUCGUGGUAGAGCAAGAAGAUGGUACCCUGGCGUGCUCUCCCUUCCAUGUUCGCUUCGGGAAGUUCUCCCUAUUACGACCUUAUGAGAAGAAGGUUGAAUUUCGAGUCAACGAUGCGAAACAAGACUAUGCCAUGAAGCUUGGGGAAGGAGGAGAAGCCUUCUUUGUGUUUGAGACAAGUGAUAAUAUUCCAGAGGCGAUGCAAACGUCUCCCUUGGUAUCCCCAGCUUCGAGCCCGCCUCUGCAGCCAGAAGGGCAAAAUGUACCGAACUUGUCCGAGCCAGAUUUCUUAGAUUUAGAGAACGUGAAUGGGAAAGCCAGAUCAGCUAGUGUAACUAGACCCGGUGUUGGUGUGCUGUCUUCGUCAGCCCCACGACGAACUACUGGAUUGAGUGCUCUCACGCCAUUAACAGGCUCUCCAGAAUUUUCUAACGACCGGCCUAUAUCAGGCGACUGGUCUGGAAUCCAGGUCGGACAGCGUAGCAAUACGGAUGAUGCCGUUCCAAAAUACAAUGCCGAUGGGUCAGAAAGGGAACGACAAACCCGUUCCUUGACACCAACGCUACAGACAAACGAUGGACCGUCAGACUCUCAUACCGAAAGAUCGCAGAGCCCGCCUCCACUUCCGACCAAAGAAGCUAUCGAACGUGCAUUGGCUCUAUCCAGUCGACUCUCCGCAUCAAACAUUCCUACACAAGUCACAGAUACGGGAGAUUUGAUGCUUGACAUGACUGGCUACAAGAGUAGCGAUGAUGAUGCUUUUAGGGCGGAGGUCAUCGCACGUAAGAUUCUUUCCGAGGAGUUGGAAGGUAACUAUGACAUUGGAGCUUUAAUUGGUGCUGAUGAGCACGGAAAUCUUUGGAUAUACAGCAGUGAGGAGGCAAAAGAAGCAGCAAGUCAGAGAGCAGCCUUAGCAGGCAUUCCUAACUCUACCGUGCUCAACGAUGCAGCCUCUGACCCUGGGUAUCACAGCGACGCAGAUACAGAGGCACCAAAGACACCUGUGAUCUCAACUCACAGACGAGCUGAUUCUGAUCUUGGAGCUAUGGGCCAUACCCCCCCACAAACGCCCCCAGAAGGUGCUGGCGACCCUAAUCGGAAUUACGCAAAAACCCUGCGUUUGACGAGCGACCAAUUGAAGUCAUUGGGACUUAAACCUGGGCCCAACCCAAUGAGCUUCACUGUCAACCGAGCCACCUGUCAAGCAUACAUGUACCUUUGGAGGUACGAUGUACCAAUUGUUAUUUCAGAUAUCGAUGGAACAAUUACCAAAUCGGACGCCCUUGGGCACGUUCUCAAUAUGAUCGGAAGGGACUGGACACACAUUGGCGUUGCCAAGCUUUACACAGAGAUUGUGAACAAUGGAUACAACAUCAUGUAUCUGACAUCAAGGAAUGUUGGUCAGGCCGAUUUAACUCGAGCCUACCUGGCAGGUGUAGUCCAGGAAAAUUAUCGAUUACCACGCGGACCAACGAUUUGCAGUCCCGAUCGGACAAUUGCUGCUCUCCGACGAGAGCUGUACAUUCGAAAGCCAGAAGUUUUCAAAAUGGCUUGUUUGCGAGACAUAAAGAAUCUUUUUGGGCCGGGACGGACACCGUUCUGUGCUGGCUUUGGCAACCGGCUGACCGAUGCGCUGUCUUAUCGUUCGGUCAGCAUUCCGAGCAAUCGUAUCUUCACCAUCAACAGCAAUGCAGAGGUCUCCCUGGAUCUGUUGAAACUCAACAAGCUCCGUUAUACCUACGUGAACAUGCGUGAAGUUGUGGAUCAUUAUUUUCCACCUGUGAACACCUUGGGCCAAAGUGGUGGAGAAGAAUAUACCGAUUUCACGUAUUGGCGUGACCCAGUCUUGGAGCUGGACGAUUUCAGUGCCUCGGAAAGUGGCGAUAGAAGCGAUGAAGAGGAGGAGGAGGACGACAAUGGAAGCGAUGACGAUGACGAUGUUAAUGAGAUGGGGGAAAGUUACCUAUCUCGUGAUUCAAUUGAUGAAGGAGACGAUUACCAUGGACUCGAGGAGAGCAUGAUGUCCGGUUCAGUGGAUGAGGACGACGUCGACAAUCUCGCUAGCAGCAUUUUGUCGGGCGAAGAAGAAGAGGAUGGUAAGGGCGACCACGAGGAAGCUAUCCAACCCGAAGAAGCUGCACAGCUCCUUAAGAGUGGAGAUCACGGCCAUCUGCGCCACGGCUCUCACUCGAUGGCUGAUCAAGACGCGGAGAUCAUCACUGGGAUGAAGGGGUUGAGUGUGGAAAAAACAGACUCCGAUGAUGGAGAGGCUCAGUAA